AUGAGUCUAUCAAAGGAGGCGAUCACAUUGGCAAACCUUCAUGCACAAGGUCCAACUCUACGAUCCAUCAUCUGGUACCCCAUUUCGUGUGAGCUUAUCGGCGCGCUGAUCUACAUGCUAUCCCAAAUCAAAUGCCCGAGAAUAACACCCGACUGUUUCGAGGAGGCAGAGCAACUCAUUCGGAAAUACUGUAGUGAUGCUCAUUGGGAAUUUGUCUGGUCAUCGAUCAAAGAGCAGAACAUCAAGAAGCAGUACUGGAUAGAAUACACGGGACUUUAUAGCAAGCGGAACCGAUAUUGA